AUGUCUUGUCUUUUUCCACUGAAAGCCAGCGACAUUCAAAUGCUCUUCUCUACACUCGUUUCAACAGCAGCUCUCAUCGGCGGUGCCACUGCCGCCACGGUCAAUGGCGCGUGUGUCUUAACCGGCAAGGACUUGAACAAGGUCGCCGAGGUCAAGAAAUGCACCAACAUUGUGAUCAAGGACUUUACUGUCCCAGCGGGCAAGGCUCUGGACUUGUACGGUCUGCGCGACGGCACCACUGUCACCUUCGCUGGAAAGGUGACCAUGGACUACGCCAAGUGGGCUGGUCCAGUCUUUUUGCUAGGUGGUAAGGAUAUCCAUGUUACUGGUGCCCCAGGCCACGUCCUGGAGGGUGAAGGUCAGAAGUGGUGGAACGGCGCUGGCGACCCAAAGAACGAAAAGCCAAAGUUCAUGAGAUUCAAGAUGACCGGUAAGUCGGUCGUUGAGAAAUUGAACGUCCACAACACUCCAAAGAUGGCCUUCUCCGUCAACAACUGUCACGGCUUGACUAUCAGAAACAACGUCUUCGACAACCGUGCGGGUGACGGCAAGGCCAAGAACACCGACGCCUUUGACGUCGGCUCCUCCACCAACAUUUUGAUUCAUGACAACAAGAUCUGGAACCAGGAUGACUGUCUGGCAGUUAACUCGGGCGACCAGAUUCGCUUCCUACACAACUUCUGCUCCGGUGGCCACGGUAUUUCCAUCGGGUCUGUUGGCCACAAGAAGGGCGACUCAGUCACCAACUUCCUCGCACAGGACAACCAGGUCGUCGAGUCGGACAACGGUCUAAGAAUCAAGACUUUCGUGGGCGCCAUUGGCAAGGUCGACAACAUCAAGUUCAUCAACAACAAGGUCAAGAACAUCCGCAAGUUCGCUAUCGUCAUCCAGGGCGACUACAAGGACGGCACCACCACCGGCACCCCAACCGGCGGCUGCCCAAUCACCAACCUAGAGGUCAGAGGCAACACCGGUAACACCGUCGGCAAGGGCAGCAAGCUCAAGAUUCUCGUCAAGAAUGCGUCUAAGUGGACCUUCGCCGACAACAACAUUUUGGGCAAGACCUUCCCAGGCUGCUCUGGCGCACCUAACGGCAUCAAGUGCUAA